CUCAUUGUCAUUGUCACUGGUGUUCAAAAAGUCAGCUGAGAUGGUUUGGAGAGUUUUUUGACUGUACAGUUUGUCAAGCAGUUUUUUCAUGGUUGAUUACGACUGAGAGAGAGAAAAAUAGUGCAAGACAGUUCUUAUGGAGCCAACCGAAACAAGAUAGACAUCUGUCCUUGAUGAACCGAGAGUUGUGCACAUUGAAAAGACCGAAACAAAGGCAGGGACGUGAGUUCCUUUUGGCACUCAGCCUUCCCGAGUAUCGACCAUGCAUCAAAGAUGUUUUUGUGUAGUUUUGUAAAGGUCUAGGAAAUAAAUAAUCGAUUUCAACGAAUUCACUGUGUUUAGUUCAGCAUCGUUGUAUCUUAAGUAUUUAAUAGUCUAUCGAUUUUGCCGUUUUGUAGCUUUCCUUUUCCAAGCACCUAGUUCUAGUUCCCAAGCAACAUUGCAGAAAAAUGAGAAGUCCCAACAUCGCGAAGCUGACCGGAUCGCAGGUAAACUUGCGCGGUCGCGUCGCCGUGAUUUCAGGUGCUACUCGUGGUAUCGGACGCGAGUGUGCAUUAGCUCUGGCUCGAGAGGGCGUGAACAUUGUUGUGGCAGGUAAAAGUGUGAAAAGCACGAAGGAGCUUCCAGGCGACAUCUACUCCGUAGCAGAUGAGGUGCGGAAGUGCGGAGCCGAUGCGAUUUCACUACAUUAUGAAAAUUCAAAAUAUUUAAUGUAGCAGCAGGCACCACCAAGUAGCUAUGGAUAACUGUGUUUGGUUUAGUUCCUUAUGUAAUUUGCACGUAGUUAUUGGCGUUAAGCCCCCACUUCAAAAAAGUGCUCAGUUAUUCCCGAGAAGCCACAUCAUAUUUACAUCACCUCCUUCUAAGUAUCAAUGGACGUUCUCGACGAAGCCAGUAUCAACCGUUGUAUUGAUGAGGCGGUGAAAAAGUUCGGGAGGAUUGACAUUUGCAUCAACAACGCCUCUGCACUGUGGUGGCAGCCCAUAGAGGAGACGCCUACGAAGAAAUACGACCUCAUAACACGCUUGAACGCAAGAGGAACCUUCUUGCUCACGAGAGCUUGUUUGCCGUUAUGAUGAAGAAAAUAUUCAAUUUCUUUGAUCAUACUUACUGGAUAAAGUUGUAGUUAAGCGGCCUGAAGAUACGCAACACUUCGUCUCAAGUACGUACUACCGGUGGAAAUACAUAGCAUCUCUAUGAUUUUCAACAUGACUGUUGUAAAAUAAGAAAGAUAAGCUUGUCCUGCUCUAAUACCUCACAUGGUGAAGAACGAUUUCGGUCGUGUGAUAUGCAUGUCGCCACCCAUCGAGACCGACAUGGAGUCUUACAAGGGCGUCACAGCCUACAACAUGAGUAAGAUGGGCAUGACCAUGGUUGCCCUAGGCGUUGCAGCAGAGUAUGGUGCAGAAAACAAGAACAUACUGGCGAACUCGUUGUGGCCAGCUACGGUGAUCGAGUCGCAAGCGAGCAUCAACUUUGAUUUAGUUAAGGCAGGGUGAAGGCGUUCUAUCAAUCGUAAGUGAACAUCAGGAGAAGAGGAUCGAUUGAUGUCCCCUUCUACUCCUAAGCUACGCGAACGCAAGACGUGGCGUAAAGCGACGAUUCUGGCUGACGCGACGCUGGCGCUUUGCUGCGACACACAGACUAACGGCGAAAUGCUCAUCGACGAUGAGUAUUUGAUCUUAUGGAGGCAGUGAAUCACUACUUCUGUACUGGAUCUAGAGUCCAUUCGUCUUUGAAGAAGAUAAGUAGACAGCACUACAGGAAACGAAAAAACUGAAGUGAAAUACUGCAGCAAAACGUUUUUUUCGCAAACUAUGAUCUCCUCUAAUAACCGAGAAGAAGGGCCUUACGGCUGAGGAGUUGAAGUGCUAUCGCUAUGAUCCUAGCUUCGAACCGCCAAGGCUGUUGGCGGAAAAGAUGAAAGGCCGAAAGAUGGUGCGCCGUGGAGAUGUACGGAAGCUGAAGGACGAUGUGAAAAAGGAUGAAGGCUUUAUUGGGUUCGAACAAAAGGCGAAGCUCUAACGAAGGAAUUGCCUCUUGUAGAACUACACUUUUGGAAUUAUGAUGCUGCAUUUUCGAUUUUCCACUUUCUACUAAAGACAGUCGUGAUUUUAUGGAAACCUUGUUGAUAGCUGCCGCUGCGACCAGCAGGUGCAGCAUUUCUGUACAUGCUACAAGAUAAACAUUUAAUGUAACGAAAGAUAGCACAUACCAAUUCCAACAAAGCAGUGUCGUUAUUGUGUGAAGUCAAAGCAUGUGGAAGAUAUGCUAUCUCGUAAAAAAAAAGCACUUUUCCAUUCCAGGUAAAAGCAGGUACCUGAAUAUGAUAUUGUUUUUGUGAAGAUCCUCUUGUGUGAUCCUGAAAAAUUCCAGAUAUCUACGUGUAUGAAUAAACUGAUGAGUGUCAUUCACUAAGAACGCAGAAGCAGGCAUGGUGGCGAGAAAGUGCGUGGUGAUGAGUUUGUGCUAU